UUUUUCUUUUUUUUACUGGUUUGGAUCUGUUACUGAAUGUGGGGGUCUGUGUUUUGACACGGAGAAGUUUGAUUUGGGUCAUAGAUGUUAGUUGGGUUCUUGUUUUGAUGAGUUAAGAAGAAAAAUGGGAUCUGCAAAUGAGUUUUUUUCUACUGGAGAGUUUAGUUUAGACCCCAAGUGGUUGGUUGAUGGUAAGCAGCUUUUUGUUGGUCCAAAGAUCGGAGAGGGAGCUCAUGCUAAAGUUUACGAGGGAAAAUAUAAGAAUCAGAAUGUUGCUAUUAAAAUCGUUAAUAGAGGAGAUAGCCCCGAAGAAAUUGCCAAGAGAGAAGCUAGGUUUGCAAGAGAGGUUGCAAUGUUGUCUAGAGUACAACAUAAGAAUUUAGUGAAGUUUAUAGGUGCUUGCAAGGAGCCUGUGAUGGUCAUAGUAACCGAGCUCCUAUUGGGUGGGACAUUGCGUAAAUAUUUGCUUAACCUGCGGCCGAGGUGCUUGGACAUGCGUGUGGCAAUUAGUUUUUCCCUUGAUAUUGCCCGUGCCAUGGAAUGCUUACACUCUCAUGGAAUCAUUCAUCGUGACCUGAAACCUGAGAACUUGAUCUUGACAGCAGACCACAGAACCGUAAAACUUGCAGAUUUUGGUUUAGCCAGAGAAGAGUCAUUAACGGAGAUGAUGACUGCUGAAACGGGGACGUAUCGGUGGAUGGCUCCGGAGCUUUACAGCACAGUCACAUUAAGACGCGGAGAGAAAAAGCACUACAAUCACAAGGUGGACAUAUACAGCUUUGGGAUUGUGUUGUGGGAGCUUAUCCAUAAUAAGUUACCAUUUGAAGGCAUGUCAAAUCUACAAGCAGCAUAUGCAGCUGCUUUUAAGAAUGUGAGGCCCAGUGCUGAGGAUCUCCCUGAAGAUUUAGCUUUGAUCGUGACUUCUUGCUGGAAAGAGGAUCCCAAUGCACGACCUAACUUCACCCAAAUAAUCCAGAUGCUCCUGCACUAUCUCUCUACAAAUUCGCCAUCAGAGCCUGUUGUUCCUCAUCGGACAUUUUCUUCUGAGAACACUGUACUACCACCAGAGUCUCCUGGGACAAGCUCUCUAAUGGCUGUAAGAGAUGACUCAGGUUCAGCCCCAAACACCAGAACGGAAGACAAGCCAAGAGGUUUCUUCUUCUGCUUUAACCAAUGUUACUGAUCCUUCCAACGGCACAAAUUUGUCAUUGGAUGUAUCCCAUGUUAUUUUAGGAAGCAGAUCAAUAAACUAUAUCCUCAAAUAUAAAAGAAUACAUCAAGAUUACAAAAUAAGAAAAGAAAAAAAAAAAGAAAUCAAAUCUUUUGAGAUCAGCCAGUUCAGUGGCCAUAGGAGCUUUGUAGCAUCUGAUGUCUCUAUUAUAACUUCGUUUUUUCGGUUA